AUACGUCUUAUUAAACGUCAAACUCAUAUCAUCAAAACAGUUUUGGAUUUGUUGUGAUUACGUUUUGGAUUUGGAUUUAUUUACUUUUAUUUUUGUUCGCCGCUUCUUGAUUCUUGGUCGCUUGCUUGCUCAUCCGUGCAUAUUACAGUGCAUCAGUGCUCGUCCGGUUAUCAGUAGUUUUGUAUUUUCUGUUUAAAUUAAAAGGCUUGCACACAGACUUUGUUAAUAUUUCGUAUGCAUUUGAUAUUAUUGUUCUGCAAAAGUUCUGAGAUACAACAAUGAGUACCCAACCAGAAGAAUCAACAACAGCCCCCAAAGAGCUAUCGUUUGCCGAGAAACAAGCGGAACGUAUGAAAAGGCUGCGAUCACUGCAUACUGCUAGAAACGAAGCAAGGACACACAACCAUCAAGAAGUGGUCGCUGAGGAGGCAAGGAAUAAGCUACCGCCCAACUACGAAGCGAAGCGACGACAAGCUGAAUGGCUGCUCGACGACCAAGCAAAGCGUCAAGAGGCAGAGAAAGCAGGGAAAGAUUACGACAGAGUGAAACUAUUGAACAUAUCAGCAGUAGAGGCUGAGCGACUUGAACGUAAAAAGAAGAAGAAGAAUCCUGAUGAAGGAUUCUCCACAUAUGAACAAGCUACAGUAAGGCAAUACAACAGACUGGUUAAAAACAUGCCUUCAGCUGACAUGGAACAAUAUGAGAAACAGAAACAGAAGUAUGGCGAUGCUUUCUAUGGUGGGCCUAAUGUAAUCAUUCAUGGAAUGCAUGAGGAUCGAAGAGAAGCUGUUGAUAAGAUGGUGGAUGACCUGGAAGGGCAGAUUGCCAAGAGAGCUCGCUACUCUAGAAGACGCACACACAAUGACGAUGCAGAUAUUGACUACAUCAAUGAAAGAAAUGCCAAGUUCAACAAGAAACUGGAGAGAUUUUAUGGAGAGCAUACAGCUGAAAUUAAACAGAACUUGGAGCGUGGUACUGCCAUAUAAUUGUAAUAAUUGUCAACUUUACAUACACUGCUGGUGUACAUAAGUGACUAGGCAUGUAUUUUAAUAUAUACACACACACACACACACUCAUCUAAUUUACUAAGAUGAACUUGUAGGUAGGCAAUUUUUUGCCCUGAUGUUUGCAGUUGUUCUUCAUAAUCUGAUAUUUCUUUAGGAUAAGCACAGAAGUAUUCUCCCUUGCUGAAAUGAGAGAUAAUUGGGUAGUUUUCUAGGUCAAAAAUAAAUUAAUUCGAUGUUUUAUUACAGUAAAAUAUUGAAAAAUAACUACACCUUUAUUCAUCAAUCGAUUGAUACACCAAGUUUUUAAAUUUUUUUUAGCUAAUUAUUGUGAAAUAAGUAAGCUUUUUGACGCAAAAAUAUUAUGACAUCAUAGCUCAGUUUUUCAUACAAAUUUCAUAGAAAAGUAUCGUUUUGACGUUUGGUUAAAAGUAUUGAAUUUGACUAGUUGGAAACUACCGUAUUGUGUUCAUGUUAUUAAGAGUAAAGGAAUAGAUGU